AAGUUCCUUCCUUUUUAAUAUAAAUUAAAAUCUAACAUAUUAACACAGCUCAGCUUCUUCUUCUUCAAUCAUUUCUUAAACUGAAAACAAAAAUGGCGGUCAACACUCCCCUUCUCUCUUUCCUCUUCAUCAUCGCCGUCUCCACCAUCUCCGUCGUGUCGGCGCAAGAUUGUGUAUACACAGUAUACAUUAGAACCGGAUCAAUAUUCAAAGCCGGAACCGACUCGAUCAUGAGCGUCAGACUCUACGAUCAAUUCGGCUACUACAUCGAGAUCCCGAAUCUUGAGACAUGGGGGGGCCUGAUGGGGCCGGAUUACAAUUACUUCGAGAGGGGCAAUCUCGACAUUUUCAGCGGCAGAGCACCCUGUUUGACCGCCCCAGUUUGCGCUCUGAACUUGACCUCCGACGGAAGUGGGCCCCACCAUGGGUGGUACUGUAACUACGUUGAGGUCUCUGUAACUGGUGUGCACGCGCCUUGCUCGCAGCAGCUGUUUACGAUUGAGCAGUGGCUGGCUACUGAUGCGUCGCCGUAUGAGUUGACUGCUCUCAGAAAUAAUUGCGAUGGUGAGGAAAGUGUUGAUAAGGUCAAGUCUGCUUCUAAUGCAGCCAUGUAAUUGUGAGGUUUAUUUUCUUUUCAUGUAUUUUUGGUGUGUGAACUCAUUUGAUGCAAUUAAUAAUAAUAAUAAUUAUAAUAAUAAAUUCAUAAACUA